GCAGAGAACAGUGGACGGACAAGGAUCAUUUCGGGUCUAGACGGAUGAAGACAUGGACGGAUUUAAUUCACACUUAACUGUGAGCACAGUCUUCAGUUGGACACUUCUGAUUAUGUUUCAAACUUCCGUCGUGGCCCAGAUCUGUACUGUUGAUUCACCUGUGCACAUAACGGAAAACAACAGAGAGGGUGCAGUUGUGACUACAAUCAAUGCCCAGCCAGGGGUGACCAUAGCAUUUAGUGACACCAUGCCGGCAGACAACCCAUUUACUAUCGAUGGACUCCGACUGGUAGCUGCCCAGGCGUUGGAUCACGAGACAGAAACAGCACAUGUGGUCACGAUCACAUGCACUGAGAUGCCAUCAGAGGCCAAGCUGACACUAACCAUCGUUGUGAUUGUGGACAAUGUGAAUGAUAACGAGCCCGUUUUUGCUGAGAAUCCUUACCGUGUCAAUGUCAAUGAGAUGUCUCCUGUAGGCACAACUGUGGGACGAUUCUCUGCCACAGACUUAGACCAAAACCCUCAACUCCAGUACACAUUGACAUCUGAACCAAAUUACUUUGCACUGAAGUCACCUACUAUCCCUGAAGUCAUUGUUAAUGCAACCCUUGACUAUGACAAAGUCAAAAAUGUCCAACUUGUUUUGAGUGUUCGCGAUGGACCACUUUCUCCAGGAGAUACAACGUCAUACACUGCCAGCACGACCAUCUUGGUCACCAUCAUAGAUGUGGACAACAGGCCACCGUGGUUCCAACCUUGCGACAAAUAUGAUAUUAAUGGGGUUGUGAUCUGCAAGAGUAGUGGCUACAAUUCCGCGGUUGUCUUAAACGAACAAACGGUCGGACCGCUAUCAUUGAAACCAGGACCUCUAUAUGCCAUCGAUGGGGACCUCGGCAUAAAUGAGGAGAUUAUAUAUUCAAUUAUUAGUGGAAACGAUGAAAAUCUUUUUGAGAUUAACUCAGCCUCUGGGAACAUCACCAUGCUGAAGCCGACUAAUGUGCACGGGCCCAUCACGCUGAAUGUGCUGGCUGCUCAGAAGAUAAAUGCUUUUCAAUUUGCCACCACCGCCAUCACGAUCAGUGUCCACGUACCAAGUGCCAACCCUCCAGAGUUUUCAAAGGCUCUGUACGAAGGCAUCGCCAGCGUACCAGGUAAUAUGGUAAUGGACCACACAGGCACGGCACUACAGUUCCUUGCCACAGAUAAGGACUACAUUGCUGCUGGGGGAAUAAAUCCAGACGUUGUUUACUCCAUUGAGGGGAGCACUGAUUUCAUCUAUUCUCACGGCUACUUAUUCUUGACUAAGCCUCUUCCAGAUGGCACAGUUUCUUUUAAUGUCUUGGCAGAAGACACGAAAAGCGGCGAAACAGCAACGACUCAGCUCUCAGUGAGGGUGGAUUCAGGUUUCAACCCUACCACUUUGCCUCCGAGUACUACAGGCAUUAUAUCCACAACGUCCGUGACGGGAUCUACUACCACCACCACUGUGUCCCCUGGCGGCACCAUCACAACUACCAAACCCAGUAUACCCACUGGCGGUACCAUCACAACUACCAAACCCAGUAUACCCACUGGCGGCACCAUCACAACUACCAAACCCAGUAUACCCACUGGCGGUACCAUCACAACUACCAAACCCAGUAUACCCACUGGCGGCACCAUCACAACUACCAAACCCAGUAUACCCACGGGCGGCACCAUCACAACUACCAAACCCAGUAUACCCACUGGCGGCACCAUCACAACUACCAAACCCAGUAUACCCACUGGCGGCACCAUCACAACUACCAAACCCAGUAUACCCACUGGCGGCACCAUCACAACUACCAAACCCAGUACACCCACUGGCGGCACCAUCCCAACUACCGAGCCCAACAUCGUUCCAGCUGGUGGGUACAGCGGGGCAGACAUGGCAGCGCUUGGGGCAACCUUGGGCAUCCUGCUGUUUAUCGCUCUGGUGGUUAUUGGUGUGCUUGUCUGUAAAAUGCGGAGGGGAAUUUCAGACUGGAGGAAGAUCUAUGAAGCCAGCGUUUUCCGAAGCUCUCUGGGUCAAGUUGGUCAUAAGGAGGGCAUCCAGUACACCAAUGAGGCCUUCCAGAAAGACGAAGAUGGAGGCAGCGUGAGUUCUGGUGGUCCAGAUGGGGUACGCGCAAUGACAAGCAGUGAGCCACCAAAAUCAUCAUGGGACAUCCCAUCCAAAGACGCUGUCCUGAAGUCUUCUGAACGCCUGAACGCCAUUUUGCCUGAUGACACCAGUGAAGUGGGCUCAGACAAAGUCGAAAACGAUAAGGAGGUGAAACCCAUCCUGACCAAGGAGAGGCGUGUGGAGGAGGGUUACAAGUCAGUCUGGUUUAAGGAGGACAUUGACCCCAAUGCCAAAGAGGAAGUGGUCAUCAUCCCAGACAGCAGAGAGGAUGACAGCGAGGAGGAAGAUGAGGAACCAUCAACCAGUGGCAGAGAGGAUGACGAGGACAGCAACAGUCCAAUAAAAACCCCCAAGCUCCUCUUCACUGAUCUAGAUCUGGACAGUGGACUUGGAGUGAAGAUGGAGGAUUCAUCAGAAGAGUAUGACGAUGUAUUGAACAUUGAUCUUUGAGAAGACCCUAAAGACAGGGACGUUGCAGGAACCACCCACAAUAAUAGGUAAUGAUAAAUUAUCAGCAGUCACACCUAUAAAGGCAUAUCAGUCCAUUACAGAGGACCAGUAACACAGAGGCAGGACUGAAUACAACUUUUGAAAAGAUUUAGAAAGUCAAUUCUGAAGAAUGAUUUAAUUUAGAAACACAGAAGCAGUGAAGUUUUAGAUUUUAAGUAAACAAAACCUUAUUCUUUAUGUAAAUAUGUCAUAUGUAAUAGGUUGUUCAGUAUCGGUUAUCGUCUCCAAGAAAGAAUUGUCUACUGGUACGAAGUUUAAUUAUUAACGCUUGUUCAGUGCUACCAGAUAAAACAUCAUGAUGAAUUAAACCAGCCUAGGGACACACAACAUAAUAAAAACAUAAACACAAUCAUCUUCUGUAUACAAUAAAAGUAUUAGUUCCAAAAUUGUAAAACAUUACAGAAACAGACAGAACUCUGAACCUCUGUGAAUAACUGAAUGACUUAUCGUAAAGGUAAACGAUUAACGUAAAGGUUUAUUAGCAGUUGCACUGUAGAAACAUGUUGUUGCACAUGUUGUUGUGUGACUCAGAUCAAUGAAAAAAAAGGCUAUACAAUGAUAAAUCUUGAAACUGAUUAACAAAUCAGUUUGAAAUGUUGUUUUCUAAGCAUUUGUUUUAAAGACCAAUUAGUAGUUGCUCAUAAUUGGAGUCCAAUAUCAGGUCAAACAGACAUAACGUAUUCAAAUCUAUUUUCGUAUUUUCACACUUGAAAUAACACUGACAUGCUCUGAGCAUUUCCAGUGGAGUAUUUCUAGUGUAAUCUAACUGAGCUCAAAGUCUUGGUCAAGCUGAAAAGUGCAUAAUAUCAUGUGCCAUUUGAUCCUGUUUCCAUGCCUUGUAAAAGCAAUUAAUGAAUUUACCACUGUUGUGCCUUGUGUGUAAAUGUGCUUUGAGGAUGCUGUUUAUGGAUCCUGCUGCUGUAAGUAGACUAUUUUGCGUAAUAAACACAGCUGGAUGCAGCAAACGCACUAUUUAAAUUACA